GAUGGCGGCGCGGCUUCCGGCGGGAUGGCGGGGCCGUCGCCCGUGCAGAUCCGCGAGGCCAACGCGCACUUGGCGGCUGUGCACCGGCGGGCGGCGGAGCUGGAGGCCCGCCUCGGGGCGGCGGAGCGCACGGUGCGGGAGCAGGCCGAGAGCCUCAUCCGCAAGGACGACCAGCUGAGGGGGGCCCUGCGAGACCUAGCCCAGGCCAAGGACAGCCCUCGAGUGACUGACGUGGAAGGAAGGAAGAGGACUGCUGCCAUGGAGACUGGCAGAGACCCCAUAGAGAAGCUUCGGGCACAGUGUCUGGCUCGUGGAGCAUCUGGGAUCAAAGGCCUGGCUAGGUUUUUCCGCCGCCUGGACACAGAUAAGAGCCAGGCCCUGGAUGCGGCUGAGCUGCAGCAGGGCUUGGCGGAACUAGGCUUACACUUGGAAGCCGCUGAAGUGGAGCAGCUAUGCAAGCGGUAUGACCGUGAUGGCAGUGGUACCGUGGACUUGGAGGAGUUCCUGCGUGCAGUGCGGCCUCCCAUGUCCAGGGCCAGAGAGGAGGUCGUAGCCGCCGCCUUCGCCAAGCUGGACCGCAGCGGGGAUGGCGUGGUGACCGUGGGGGACUUGCAGGGCGUGUACAGUGGCCAGAGCCACCCGAAGGUCCGGAGCGGGGAGUGGACAGAGGAGCAAGUGUUGCGCCACUUCCUGGACAACUUCGACUCUCCUGACAAGGACGGUCAGGUGACGGCUGAGGAGUUCCUGGAUUACUACAGUGGGGUGAGCACCUCCGUCAACACAGACGAAGAGUUUGUAGCAAUGGUGCAGAGUGCCUGGCGGCUGUAGCGCUCUCCUCCACCUUGGACCGGGAGACCAACCAUCAGUGCUUCCUUCCCGCUUUCCCCAGUUUCGCUCAUCGUGCCCUCUGUCCCCUUAGGACGCUGCAGGCUAGGGCUGACCCCAGCCACCUUUCAGCCUUAGCUCUGGGGUUAAGGAGAGUCAGGACUCUUCCUCUCCUCUGUCUAGCCCUCCCAUCAACACCUCCUUGGCUUUGGGAAAGGAACUACGUUGCCUCCCCACACUAGGCCACUACACAUAGGACCAGGGAAACUGAGCCAGUGCAAACAAAGCAGGUCCCCAUAGUGAGUUCCAGUCCCCAAAUCCUCCCCAACUGCCAUAUCCGGCACUGUUCUUCCACUUGCUUAGAAUGAAAUCUGCAUUGCCUGAAAAAAUUCUGUUUCCUUGUGUUCAUCGAUACGGAAAUGGGAGGGGAGAGGUGGUUCCUUGGCGUCUGGGCAUUCUCUCCUUGGCUGGCACAGCCAGAAUCAACGUGAAAACCAAUCUCCCUCACUGCAUCCUCAGCACACCUCGGCACACUUACACUUUGAGCCCCAUGGGGGAUGGGUACUGGGUCCAACUUGAUUAACAUAUCUACUCCAGC